AUGUCUUCCAUCUUUGGUUCUAGUUCGCGUCCCGAUAAUAGAUUUUCGAAUCUCAUGGUGAACCUCCCGCAACAACAAAUGCAGCAGCAACAGUCGACUUCAGCGUUUACGCAUCAACAGCCAGUGCAUUCUCAAGCGCUGGUGGGUCCAGGAAGUGCUGGCCAGGGCUACGAACAAAAUACAGAAUCGUCGAAAACCUCGUGGUUCAACAAUCCCCGGAAACGCACGAUUCCGCAAACCAUUGUGAAAAGAGCUGCCAAGGCGGAGCCUUCAGACACUUCUAAUGGGAAUGGAAACUCUGCGACGAUCCCAUCCAACGGAAGUGGAUUUGGGGCCAUGACAUUUGGCUCCAAGCAGCCAGCUAGUAGCUACAAUCCUAACAAAAAGCACCACGAGCCCAGAGAUCCCGUACCCAACGCAAUUCUCAUUGAUUCCAACGAAGCGCCCCCAACAAAGUCUUUGUUCGAUUGGCAGCGGGAAGACGAAUUUGGAUCCAUGUUGCCGGCUCAACAAUCCGACGCUCGCCUCAAGAGUCAGUCUUUGAGCUCGUCCAAAAGCUAUGAUGCAUCGGCACUUCGUAAUGUUUUCGAUAGAGACGCCAAAGCUGACGCAUCGAAACAACUGAAUGGCUCACCAAAGAUCGUUAACGCGACAGACGCCACGAAGCGCGGCGAAAGUGCAGUGAUAGUAUUCGGGUAUCCAGAAUCGAUCUCCAACCAGAUCAUUAUCCAAUUUUCUAAGUUUGGUACGAUCUUGGAAGAUUUCGAGGUUCUGAGAAGUGCUUCAGGCAUCAAUGCCGCAACUUUAAGGCUCCGCAAUCAAAACACACGCGACAGUGGCAAUCGUCGUAAAUAUCCAAUUUUCACCGGUGAUGGCUGGAUCAAACUUACCUACGACUCACCAUCUUCCGCCUUGCGUGCAUUGCAAGAAAAUGGUGUAGUAUACGGUGGGUGUCUAAUUGGCUGUGUUCCUUACAACAAAAGUGCCGUUGAACAGUUGGCGUCCUGCACAAUUGAAAAUAGUGACGACAUUGGGAGCUUUAGCCCACCAACUAACUCUAUACCGAACGGUGGAGUAGGCAGCAUACAAAUGAGGAACGAUUCACCGGGAGAUUUUCAUGGUAUCCACGACAAUAAUGCGUCGUAUUUGAAUACCCAGCGUUUAGAUAUGAAAGAUGGAAAAGCGCUUUUUGUCAAUAAUGGGUCAAAUACAGCUUAUGGCAAGAACUUUUUACAAACGAUCGAGACGAAAAUGCAAGAUCAGGAAGAUCAGACUAAGAAACCAACUGGGGUCAUGGGCAAAGUCAACAACUGGCUUUUCGGCUGGAACGACCUGUAA